GCUACCUGUUCGCGUCAUAUCCGGCUCGAAUGGCAGCAGGAGUCUGAUGUUGAUUUCUGCGCAGCGCUGCUGGGAGGCUUCGGGUGCUGUUGUUGCAGCCGCCUAGGGUCAUCAUGUCAAAACGGAAAGUCACAUUUGAAGACCAAGGUGAUGAAGAUGAAGAGGAAAUGAGCCUCCCAAAGAAGAAGCUGGUGGAACCUGCUAUUGGAGGGCCGGGCAGCCGCUUUAAGGGCAAGCACUCGUUGGACAGCGAUGAGGAAGAAGAUGAGGAAGAUGAAGGGCAGGGUAGUAAAUAUGACAUCCUUGCAUCAGAUGAUGUGGAAGGGCAGGAAUCUGCCACUAUUGACUAUGAAGAUGGUAUCCGGAUCACCCCAUUCAAUUUGCAAGAGGAGAUGGAAGAAGGUCAUUUUGAUUCAGAAGGCAAUUAUUUCUUGAAAAAGGAGGCAGUGAUAAGGGACAAUUGGUUGGAUAACAUAGACUGGGUCAAGAUAAAGGAGCAGCCUCCUGGACAGAAGAAAUCACUCGAUUCUGCAGAUGAUAAGGAAGAAGAUGAAGAUGAUGAUCUUGAGGUUGGCCGGACACCUUUGGAUAAGAAGGAGCUGCUGGAAAGGAUGGUAGACUUAAUGUUACCUGGUGAGACAGUAGCUAGAGCCAUUCAAAGGCUUGGAGACAAGGGUGGCCCCAAAAGUAGUGGACGUCAGCGGAGGCCCUGGAGCCGCCUCAAAGCAGAUGAAGUUGAACCAGCUGAGGAGGAGGAUUCCCAGAAACGUGGGUCACCUGAUCGGAAAGAGCAGCUGGAACAGCUGUCAGGGCUGGCUGACCAAAUGGUGGCACGAGGAGUUUAUGAGAUCUACCAGGAGACCCGGGAGAAGCUGGCCCUGAGGCUCCGGGCAUUGCAGCAGCCUCCUGCAGCAGCUUCCACUGCUGAACCAGAACUUGAUAUGUUUGCUGAGGAGAUUGAUGAAGCAAAACUCGGGGAGAAGACAUCAGCAGCAGCAGGAAGUCAGGCACACGAGGAGGAGGAUGACAACACACUCUCUGAGGUGAUGUGGGAAUAUAAGUGGGAGAACACAAACACAUCUGAACUUUACGGACCCUUCAGCAGCUCUCAGAUGCAGGACUGGGUAUCCCAAGGCUAUUUCCCUGAUGGGGUUUACUGCCGGAAGGCGGAUAAUUCCGAGGGCCAGUUCUGCAAUUCCAAGCGCAUUGAUUUUGACCUCUACACAUGAUUGGAACCCACCUCCUGCCCUGCCAAGCACGAGGGACAGAGUUCAGCCCAGCGGCAGACUGAAAAAACUUGCCAGACUUUGGGGGUGGGGGCAAGGGGACGGUGUGUUGUGUGGGUGCAUUUGCAGAGGGGAAGAGGGGUUUGAUUCACCAUUUAAUUCUGAGGAUGUUUUGGGUUUUGUGAAAAAUAAAAUAACCUUAAAUUGGGUUGGUUAGUCAGCUCUCUCUAUUUCCCUGCUGGCUAUUCCAUUCCAUUGUUACCCUGUAAGUUUCAUGUAGGGUAAUGGUUGCCAGAUACAAAUAAUCAUGUAUGCUUGUAUUUGCCAUUCUCUUCUGCUUCUCUGUGUUUCCAGUAGCAUCUUGGGAGUGCCACACACAAACAUGACAGAAGAUGGGUGGGUAAUGAAUUUGAUAGACCUGAUGGCACAGGAAGUAUUUGUUCAUUGUUUUAUCAGCAUCUGGAAUGUAUCUGUGAUGGAGAACCUCUGACCUGGGGGAUCUGUCUGCAGAGUCUAGGUUUAUGUGCUGUCUUUUAACACUUUCUGUCCAAGUAUAUUCCUCCCAGUUCCAAC